AUGGAAAGGCUGUGCAACUACGCCAGUGACGACGACAACAGUCCGACUAGUCCGAGUCCCCGGAGGGAAGUCGCUACUAAACCUACCAGAACUAAUGGAAUGGAAGCUGAUGCAAAUUAUGAACAAGUUACCAUGGAUAUGAGUGAGCAGGAAUCAAACCAUAGCUCAACCAAAUCACCUCCACUUAAAAGUCAAACUUCACCUUCCAGUUCAGCAUCAUCUCCUACUUCUGUAUCGCAAACUUCGAGAUCACGUCAUACCAGCAAACAUGGAAAUCAUAGUGAUACAAAAACAAAUAGUUCUGAUGAAGAAAGAAAAAGUCAUAUCCGUCAUAGAAGAAAUAAAUCAAAGGAUCGUCAUAGUAAAAAACAUUCUCGUCGGUCAAGGAGUCGCAGUAGUGGUAGAAAACGUUCUCGGCGAUCUCGUAGUCAUAGCCGUAACAAAAAACGAUCGCGUCGAUCACGCAGUCGAAGUGAAAGAAAUGGUAAUAGCAGGAGAUCGAGUCCUCAUUCUAGACAUGAAACAAAGAAUCACAAUAAACACAGUCGGUCUAAAAGUAAAGAAAAAUAUACAUCAUCACAUAAUUAUUUCUUAGAAAAGAAGGCUAACAAUAAACGGCAAAUUUUAGAUAAAUUGGGAAUUGAAUUAAAAGUUCCCACAGUUGGAAAUUCUGUACUGCCAUCAACCACAAUAGUCACCCCUCAGCUAUUGCUACAAAAAUCUAUGGAAGCACAAGUUGAAAAAGUGAAAGAACAAACAGGCAUAGAGUUACCAUCUUAUUACAAUCCAGUAGCUGUAAACCCUAACAAAUACGCUGAACAGAUUCAAAAACGAAAACUUUUAUGGGGAAAUAAACAAAACAAUGAGGUUGUUAAACAAGUUGAAGAGGCUAAACCACCUGUAAUAACUAACAAUAAGACUGCAACCAUUUGGCAGUCCACGAAAUUUGGCGAUCAGGAUGGCAAAGUUACUGCCAAGUUCAAAAGGCUAAUGGGCAUCAAAGAUCCGAUAGGUGUUGAUAAUCAAACAUCUCAACAAGGACAAUCAAAAGACAUUAUUAAAAAACAAGAAGAAAUGUUUAACUCAAUGGAAAGUCAAUAUGAGGUUGCUCGCAUGGCAACACAUACUCACCGAGGGCUGGGUCUUGGUUUUGGUACAUUUCAACAGCGGUAG